CUGAACGUGGCCUGUGGGUGGCAGUAAUGCGCAUUUUUUGCACCGACAGUUCCUUAAAAAAAGCAGUAGAAGUAGAAUAUCAACAAGCGCUUUCUUAAAAAGACUACAAUUUGGAGAAUUAUUCAUGAGACAGAAACGUUCAACCUUCCUGUAGUGAUGGCGGCACCGCUACCACAGAAGCCAGGCAUGGCAGGGAUGCCCCCACAGCAGCAGCAGCAGUCACACAUGCCCCCCACUGGCGCCUUGGUCGCGGGUCAGCAGCCAAUGGCACCCCAGGGUGCCCUGAGAGAGAUCUCCCCUGUGUUUCUCUGUCGGAUCGGACAGGAGACCGUCCAGGACAUUGUCACUCGCACCAUGGAGAUCUUUCAAAUCACACGAGCCACGCAGCUUCCCAACGGCGUGACUCAGAGCCAGGCCAUGUACCAGGAUCGCUUCGGCAAACUUCAGGAACACCUGAGGCAGCUCGCCCUGCUCUUCCGCAAGCUCCGCCUCCUCUAUGAACGCUGCGUGGAGAUGACUGCUGACCUGCAGGAGGGGCCGGGAGAGAGCGUGCAUAUCACAACAUACAAGAUGCCGUCAUGGCGACACAACCUAUCCCGGGCUACCGCGCAUGCUCGUCACUCCUGUUGCAUGCUGGCUUGUGCCCUAUGUUGGAGAAGAGCUGGUCAACGUCAGAGUGGAGCCUUGUAGUCCUGCUGUCCACCAAGAGAGGAAAGAAGUCCUCGAGAAAGUGCGCCAGAAGAACCAGGAAAUGAAGGUUCUCAUGGAUCAGAUGAGGAACCUGCUGUGGGACGUCAACGCCAUGUUGACGCUUAGGAAAUGAUCAAUUCGAUGCACAGACUUUUCAAAUGUCCAAGUUGGCCAUGAACUGCACAACGGAUACGGGGGACAUCUUAUUUCUGUAAGUUGCACUGUUUUUGUUUGGAGUUUAUAGCCGAAACCUACAAUUAUGUCGGGUUUUCUGUUUGAUGAACUCCACACUACUUUCCACCUCCUUUUUUUUUUUACCGCAAUAAGUUAUUGUUCAUUUUUGCAAAACAAAUAUUUGCUUUUUGUGCCGCAAUGUGUGAACUUAUCAUCUGACACCGAUCAGAGCCAUUCUUCCAGAAAACUCAAUGUGUUUAUGAUAUUGUGCUCUUUAUGUUCCCAAAGUUGGUGGGUUCUAAUUAAAUCCCCUUGGCAGCUAUGUUCAUCUCAGGUGCCUCGUACAGCUAGUGUGUAUGUGCUUCAUUAGUCUUCCUCAGUGCUCCACACUGUUGACCUUUUGGAUUUUCAGACUCUCUUGCCUGAGAAUGUCCUUUUGCCGACCAGCGUACUGGAUUAUAUCUUCGUCUUUGGAUUGUUUUUUCUUAAUAAAAGGUAUGAAUAAUAGAA